AUGAGUGAAUUUUGGCACAAACUGGGCUGCUGCAUGGUAGAGAAAGCCAAGCCAAAGAAGAGGAAAUGGAUUGACGGGACCAUGAUUGGGGAACCAAUGAAUUUUGUCCACCUGACUCACACUGGUUCUGGGGAGAUUGGUGCUGGAGAUGUACUUGCCAUGUCAGGUGCAGUUCAGGAGCAGAUGAGAUCCAAGAGAAACCUGGGCAGGCUGGGGAGCAAUUCUAGGGGCUUGUAG